AUGGUCGACGCGCGGAUGGUUUUCGAGAGCAUGCCUCAUCGUGAUGUCGUGCUCUGGACGAGCUUGAUACAAGGCUUUGUGGACAACGGGGAAAGCGAGCUGGCUCUCGUGUUCUUCGAAGAUAUGAAGCUAUCUGGGUGCUGUCCAAGCUCUCGGACGUGUGUUGCUGCGCUUGCCGCCUGUGCGAGCUCGGCAAUGCGAGAAGAAGCGGUGGAUGUCGACGGCAAACUCGUGAAGAGAAAGAGCUUGGAAACCGGGGUGGCUAUCCACGGUGAAGCUUCAAACAGCAGGUGCUGUGAGGACGUGUUCGUGGGGAACACUCUGAUCGAUAUGUACGCGAAGUGUGAGAAGCUAGAGGAAGCUCGCAAGGUCUUCGAUGGCAUGGCUGGCCGAUCGUCCGAGCCACCUGUUCCGCGAGAAGAUGGAAAGCUAGUGCGAAUCCAGAGCCUAGAAAAGGGGAUGGAGAUUCAUUCUCUCGCCGCGAAGUUUGGACGCUGGGAGCAGCUUGGUGGAUAUGUUGAGCUUUACAGGCGUGGGCUGGAAGACGAUCAAGUUGUGGGGAGUAAACUUCUACAGGAAGUGCGGAGUUAUGAGUGCGAGCACUUGUUUGGAUCUCUGGCAGUCCGAGAUAUCGUCGCCUGGAAUGCACUGAUCACAGGAUUCGGCCAACAGGGUGACACGUCGCGCAUGUUCGAAGCCUGUCGUGAGAUGCGAGAAGAUGGCGUGCGAGCAAACGCAAUCACGUUUGUCUCGGUCAUCAUUGCUUGCAGCCACGGCGGCCUAGUUGAACGAGGCAGGGAGUUUUUCCAGGCAAUGGACCCGGACUCUGGCAUUUUUUGCGGGAUUCAUCACUACAGCAGCUUGGUGGAUCUCUUAACCGACUGGAAGAGGCCGUGA